AUGACAAUUUCCCAAAACGAAGGUAUCAUCACUCCCAAACUGGGUCCUGAAUACAUCGGCUUCGACCAUAUCCACUGCUAUGUCGUGUCCAACGGGGCUGCGACAUUCAUUCUCACGGGACCGAUAUGUAGUCCACCGCGGGAUGUGGCUGACAACGUUUUGCGCUGCGCUUCGGAUGACGAGCGCGUCACGUUAGCUGAGACCCAUGAGUAUCCCUCCACGCAUGGCGAUGGGGUUAAGGAUGUUGCGUUUCGGGUUGCGGGUGAUAUCGAUGCUGUUUGCAGGCGGGCUGUGGAGAAAGGCGCGGGGGCUAUUGCUGAGCCGCGCAUUGUUGCUGUUGAUGGGCAUGAUUUCGACGAACGUGGCUAUUUGCUUCAGAUCUUCACUAAGCAUGUUGGAGAUCGACCGACGGUGUUUACGGAGGUCAUCCAGCGAAAUUCGUUUGAUGGCUUUGGAGCUGGCAAUUUCAAGAGCUUGUCUGAAGCGUUUGAGAGGGAGCAGGCGUUGCGUGUGAAUUCGUGA